UAGUUUUAUAUGCACUAGCUCUAUAAUAUUCUGUUCUUGCAUGCGUAUAUACACAUAGAGGUAAUCAAUUAAUCAUUAAUCAAUGCACAAACGCUCUCAGUAAAUGUUAGUGAUAAUUAUCUAACUGUAGUAAAGGACAAGUUUUUAAUCGCUUAUUGCAGCUUCCAUUUUUUUACACAAAAAAUUCUUCGAAAAUGAAGCUCUUACUAGGUAUGUGAAAAUAUUAGCUCGAUUGUCUUCAAUGAUGAUGGUCAUUUAAUGAUCGUCAUAAAAAAAGUAUGACAGACAUUAAUUUAUGAGUGGAUAUUUCGAAGAUAACGUAUCGACCCCAAGGAGUCUUUUUAUCAUCAAAUGUGGAAAAACCCGCUUUAUAAAUGCGAGAAAAGUUCAUUUGCCCUAUUUACCCACAUGAAAACAGUCUAGCAUAACAUCUUGUCAAUAAACACGUUCAUUUUUAAUUAAUCAUGGUUCAAUUAAAGUUAAACUGCACCAGCCAAGACGACAUGCGGGAGGAAGGCUUUUGUUGCGACCCCAACAACCCCAACCCUUGCAAUCACAAAAUCAAUGGUACGUUAGAAGACCCCAGUUGCAACCCGGACUCUCCUCUGAAAGUCACUUUUGAAGAAAUAACAUCAGCCGCAUAUAAAAUUAAAUCAGGAAUUAUCAAUACACCAUGCACGCGCUCUCACAUGUCUAACUUAACCGGAAUGGAUGUUUAUUUGAAAAAAGACUUUUUACAAAAUACCGGAAGUUUUAAGGAACGGGGAGCGAGGUACGCCAUGUUGAUGUUAUCGCCGGAGCGAAGACAAAAAGGAGUGAUCGCGGCUUCUCUCGGAAACCAUGCCCAAGCUGUUUGCUACCAUGGGUACCUCCUGGGAAUCCCCGUAACGGUGGUUAUGCCCAUAAUAGCCCCUAUUAUGAAAAUCCAAAAAUGUAAAGAGUUCAACGCUAAUGUUAUCAUGGAGGGCAAAGAUAUGGCCGAAGCCAGGAAAAUAGCCAUUACGAUGGCGAAGGAGAAAGGUUACACUUAUAUCAACGGUUAUGACCAUCCGCAAAUUAUAGCAGGUCAAGGAACCAUUGCUUUGGAAAUUUUGGAACAAGUGAAAGACAUCGAUGCCAUUGUGGUACCAACGGGUGGUGGAGGCCUCCUGGCGGGGGUGGCAGUCGCUGUUAAAACACUAAACCCCAAAAUUAAAAUUAUUGGAGUUGAAUCUGAAAGAUGUGCCAGUUUUUCCAAAGCCAUGGAUGUGGAAAAGCCAAUUUUCACGGCCAUUGAGGGCACUCUCGCCGAUGGUUUGGCGGUCCCAAUGGUCGGAUACAACGCGUGGGAGACGGCGAAAUCUCUAGUCGAUAAAAUGGUCGUAGUUAAAGAAGAGUGGAUCGCGGUGGCGAUCUUAAGGAUGGUCGAAUUGGAAAAGUGCGUCGUAGAGGGCGCUGGUGCUGUAGGGUUAGCUGCUAUAUUAGCAGGCCAGUUAGACGAAUUUAAGGGGAAAAGAGUUGUGUUAAUUCUAAGUGGGGGUAACAUCGAUACGACCAUUUUGGGCCGGUGUUUGGAACGUGGUCUUGCAGCUGAUGGCCGACUUGUCAAAUGUAAAGUAACGGUUAGCGAUAGACCUGGAGGUAUUUCCGAAUUGUGUAAACUGAUUGGUUCCAUUGGGGUUUCCAUUAAAGACGUUAUACAUGAAAGGGCUUGGGUCACUUCUGAUGUUUUCAGUGUUGAGGUAAAAGUUGUGUGUGAAACUCGGGAUUAUACCCACAGUUUAGAACUAAGAGAACUGUUAUUUAAUCGAUACAAAAAGGUCAAAUUUGAAAAUCUGCCAGACAAGUUGGCGGUUUCAUCGACUUGUGACGAAAACAUAUACAAGCAAAUGUAAUUGUACCUGUGACUAUAGUACCUAUAUUUUUUUACUAACUGUAGCAAGAAUUUGCUCAUACAUUUAUUUACGAGAAAAAGACAAUAUAUCAAUAAAGGAAUCAACACUGUU